AUGUUGCAAGAGUCAUUGCCAGCAGAAAGUGUUUGGGAGCGUUGUAGGCCUGGACCUGUUUCAGCAUUCCACCUUCUCCUGAUACGAACGACAAAUGAGGGGUCGCUGGCAGGGCCGUAUCGUUGUGGCCGAACAUCAACAGCACGUUUUACUCCUUCUUCCCACUCUACUACUGAGAUAUUUUUGGGAUCAACUUCGAGGCCUGGAGUAGUCUCUGAGAACAUCUUGUGUGGUUUCCCGCCAGACUCGAGGAAGUCGGACCCAGAUGGUGGCGACAUUCUCUGUGAUUCUGAUAUCUCUUCUGUCACAGGAGUAGAGAAAGGAGUAGUAGCCGGGGAUGCCUCGGAGCUUUGCCUUGUUGAUGCCAAUCUUCUCAACUGUCUGAAGCUUCGACUUGUCAUUUACAAAGAAAACGGGCUCUCCAAACGGCAGUAUUCUCAGGUUUAUCGUCUAGAGAAGCGCAAGGGAGAAGUGGAUGAUGCCAAUAUCAUCGCGGGCAAGCGCGUCCGUCCACAGGGUCGCGCGCCUAUCGUAUCGGCUGCCCCACGGACAGUUGCCCCGCGGCGCGUCUCGCCAAAAAAGGCAGCGCCUUCUCCGGACGUACCCGGCCCAGAUGAUGAUGCUGAAGUGCUGUCUUCUACGGCUGCUGGUGCCAGGUGUAAAGUAGCUGGUGUUUCUGACAUGCUUCUUCUGCCUCCAGGACACCAAGCAGCUUCGCUUUGCGUGCGACCUGAACGUGUCAGACGGCAUGACAAGAUUGUUGUCGGGCAGUGGGUGAGAGAGCGAGUCUCUGCUUUUGAUUCUAACUCAGGUCAGAGAUGGUCCCAUGUCAACUAUGGUGCUCUCGCAGACAAAGCCACUAUUCUAUGCUAUAUCUGUGCAGUGCAUGAGCACAUCUCAUAUUUGUAUACACCUGAUGAUGGUGAGGCUUUGAAGAUAACAAAUGAAAAUGUGAGGAGGAGAAGAGUCAGCUCCAUUUGUGAAGUGAAGGUGUCGAAGUCUGAGCGACGGCUGAGCACCGAGACGAAGAACUCUGUACCAAGGCAGCCACCGCCUGCAUCACUCGCUGAAGUGCCAUGGUUGAAUCCUUUGGCCAGGGACAAAGGCAAUGUGCUCCAGUGCAUCCAGAGUAUUCUAAGGAGCCGUGGCAAGCGAGAAAAGCCCACGGAUUCACGCGACAUACACAUGUCCUUCUCAUCUUUUGAAGGUAUUACCCGCAGUGAGUAUGUGGGUACGCUGAGUGCCAUUCGCGUCUGCUACCCGCUUCGGGAGAGCUUUGAUGCCGAGUACAUGCAUGUGUAUGGAUCCUGUCCCGUGGAGCACAUGCAAAUCUGCAGUUGGCGCACAAAGGACGAGCUGGAAAGGCUCGGCAACUGGUUUGGUCAACCGAAUUUCAACAUGCACAGACGUGGGAACCGUCCAAAGCUAUGUGUUCCAAUGCCAGUGAUGUUUGAUGAGAUGAAUGUGGUGCAUCCAAAGUACUCCAGAACUCGAAUUGUUACGGUGGCAUACCAGCGAGUUGGACCGGUUGCACAAGGUACUGCACAUCACUUUCUACCCGGAGGUGACUGCGCCCCACCAGCUAUGCCAGUCCCAACUCAGCCAUCUGAGCCUGUGCAAUGCGGAGAAGAAGAGUACACUGAUGCUGUUCUCCAGGGCGAGCAAAUUGAGAUUGACUCUGGCACGUACAAGAUCAUCGAGGUCGGCCCCACCUGCAAAGUGACUCUCGUCGCUGGCAGCGGCACGCAGUCUAUCCUCAUCCCGCGCGCAGACGCCGUGAGGCGCCUCGCCUUGUUCCUCGGCCUAGCCCCUCCCCAGUAA